AUGGGUAGUUUUGAGGAGGAGAAUCUGUAUCAGAUGGUGAAUGAUUUUCUUGAAUCAGAAUCAACACCACCCCUUUUAUCUUCUGACCCACAAAGCUUGUUCCUCAAUGGUCAUCAUACUAAAUAUUACAUCUUGCAGGAGAUUCUUGAAAGUGGGAAUGUUGCAGAAACUUAUGUUCUUGAGAGUGUAAUGAAGCAUAUGAGAAAGAAAAUUGGGGAAAGGAGUACUACUGCACUGAAGAAGUGGCUUGUCAAGAAGUUGAAAAUUGAUGGCCAUAAUGCAACUCUCUGUCACUCCUCUUGGCCUACUACUUUGAAUUGUCCUGGUGGUGAACAUGAUUACAUUGAAAUUAUAUUAGAAGAUUUAAAUGGUUGUCCAUUGAAGGUGAUAGUAGAUACAGAUUUCAAGUCACAGUUUGAAUUGGCAAGGCCUACUUCAACUUAUAAAGAGCUCUUCAGCAUGGUUCCAUCUAUCUUCGUCGGGACGGAACAAAAGCUGAAGAAAAUUAUUUCCAUUCUCUGUGCAGAAGCCAGAAUUUCAUUUCUUGAAAAAGGUCUUCAUGUACCUCCAUGGAGGACAAGCAAUUACAUGCAGUCCAAAUGGUUUUCUGCCAGUCAAAAAUGGGCACAAUUUCCCAGCAGCAGAGAAAAAACGAUGUAUGAGAAAAGAGCUAGUGACAUUGUCCCCUCAAAAACUUCAAUAAUUUUGUAA